AUGGAAGAAGAAUCAGUAUCAUUACUUAUUGAUUAUAUUCUUGGAUUGAGUGAUAUCUUUGAUUUUGAUACAGAGAGAUUAUUUGAAUUAAGACGUAAAUAAAACUUUGUUCCUAAGAAAUUAUCAUUCAAACCUAAAACUAAAUUGAUUAGUUAAAUCUCUUCAGAACUUAGCAAUUCAAUUAAUUUAAAAAUUGAUCAUUUAAGAGAUUAAUAAAUAUAAUAAACAGAUGCUAUAAUGUUUAAAUUUAAUACUCAAGAUUAUGCUCUCUAACAGCUUGAUCAGUAAAUUAAAGUAAAACCUAGUCAAGAAGAUUUAUGUGACAUAUAAAUUGAAAUUCGGAAAAUAAAAAGAGACCAUGAUGGAGAUAUUACGAAGAUAUAAACAUAAUUCAAUAAUUAAUUUACUACCAUUUAACAAUCUCUCAAUUCUUAUAUGACUACUCAAGAUUUUACACCACUUUUCUAAGAAUAAAUAAGUGAUUAUAUUAAUAGUCUCUAAAACACAUUUGCACCUAAAAAUCAAACACUUUCAUAAUUAGAUCUCUUAGAUUGUCGAUUUAAUCACUUAAGUGAUCAAUUUCUAGAACUUAAACGAUAUUCAGUUAAUAAUAUCAAUGAAUUAAUUAAUAAAUAAGAUGUAUUAAGUAAUUGAUUAAUUUCCCUUUAGUUCAUUCUCUCAGAUUUAAUUACAACUGUCAAAUAACAUGAAUUUUCAGAAUUUGUUGAAUCCACCAAAAUAUUUGCUACUAAAUCCGAAUUUUCUUCUUUGUCAGAUCUUCUUUUACCUAAAAUUAAGAAGCUUACUGAAAUUGUAGAUAAAGAUGUCCAUGAAAUUUCAGAAUUUCGUAAAAUUAUCAAAGCAACUGAUUAUGAACUCUUAUAAAAGGCUACAAAAAUGGAUUUCCUUAUUUUAAAAAAAGAACAUGAACAAAAUCAAAUUCAAUUCUAAAAACUCUUUGUCUAAAUUUAAGAUACUUAAAAAUAGAUCAAUUCAUGUUAUCAAUAUUAUGAUGAAUAAAGAGUAAUAAUGUCAAAACAACUAUCAGAAUCAAUUUUAAGUAAAAUAGAAGAUACUAUUAAACAAAAUGUAAUUAAAUAAAUGGAAUUUUAUAAUCUAUAAGAUAUUUCUUAAUAAAUAGAUCGUUUAUAAGACUUUUUAAAGAUUAAAGCAAAUAAAAAUGAUGUCUAAGAUGCUUUAAAAUUAAAAUCAAAUCAAAUGGAUUUUUUGUCUCUUGAAGAUUAAAUCAAUAUUAUGAGUAAGAAAUUCAAAUCUUAGAUGAGAAUAUUUACAGAUUUUAUGGAAUUAUUUGGAAUUGAUACUGAUAAUGAGUCAAUGAAUUUUAAAAAGAAUGCUAUUCAAAAAUUAAUAUUUGAUGCAAAAUCUCUUAAAAAUAGCUAUUAAAAAAAACAUUAAUAAUAACAAAUUGUAGUUGAAGAUUAAGCCUUUACUACUAGAUAAAGUGGAAGCAAAAAAAAAUUUAAUACAUCCCCUAAAAGUAAUGGAGUAAAACUACUAUUAAGACCUUUAUUAUCAACCACAUUUUCUGUUCAAUAAGCUAAAAGAAACAAAUUGAAUUUAUCAAUGAUUUAAUGA